AUGAGACCCUACGCUUUCCUCGCCGCCGCUCUCACCAUCGCCUCCGGCGUCAUUGCUGUCGACCAGAUGAAGUCCGUCAUCAUCUGGACCGACAAGCCGUCCGUCACGGACGACAUGAUUGAUAAGGCCAGGAAGGCCAUCGAGGAAGCCAAGGGCAAGAUUACUCACAUCUACAACAUGCAGGACGCCUUCAGGGGAUUCGCUGCUGUAGCACCCGAACAGGUUCUCAAGAAUGUGAAGGCUAUGGAGGGCGGCAACGAGAUGAAUGUCGACGAGGACCGGGUCGUCAGCGGUUAA